AUGUUCAGCAAGGUAGCAGCACGGCAGCAGCUCACAGCAGUCUCUCCCGACCGAGGGCUCUUUAAUUUCAGGUACAGGAGCAACAGGAGACCCGAUGUUUUCAGACACUGUUACAAUCUGCAAACACUGCUCCAGUCCAAGAACCAGCCGAAAAUAAACCUGGAUGGAGAGCUGUUGGCUAGCUGCAGAGACCAGGCCUCCAGUCCUUGGCCUUGCCUGAUGCUGGUGGCCAGGUGCUGGGACAUCGGAAAUGGUGUGCGAGGAGGCGGAAGCGCGAAAGAUGAAAUCAAAGCAGAAAUCAAUCCUGCCAGGAAUGAGGAGAAACAGCUUCAAACUCCAGUUUCUGUGGAACAAGCAGGGGCUGGUUUGGAUGAAAAGAAGCAGGAGGAGGCACCUCAUGCUCAGGCUGAGGCCAAGAUUGUGCCAGGGCUGGAAGCGGUCACUGGAAACGAGCAAGCGGACAAUGGGGAUGAGCAACCAAAUAGUGCGGAUGAGUCAACAGACGAGCCACAGUCUAUGGAUGUGAGUCCCAUGUCCAAAGAUGACGGUAUCUCCAUUCCUGAGUUCUCGCCCCUCAAUGAGGUGAGCCACGUUGCUGAGCUGGAGAAGGAGCAGAAUGAACCAGGUGAUGCACAGGCUGUCGAAGACCUCAUUGACCUGACCGUCCAUUCAACCUACACCCAGUUAUCCUGUGACAAGAUCAGCUUGGAUGACUGCAACAAAAACUUGAUCGAAGGGCGAUGCCUUUCAAUGGAGAAUCCUCUUAUCACAUCCCUAACUACAUCUGUGGAGGAAACCCAUAUGCAACCAUCUGCAGAGUUCUGAACACAUAGGUGCAGGGGCGCAAAAGACUUGGCUUCAAUCAGUCCAGCACUGCUAUGAUUCCGAAGACAGCGCUACUUUAAGAAGAUUCAUGUAGCCUUCAUAGAUAUGGUGGUAUAACCAACAGUGAUCCUUUAAGCAGCAGUACAAAUAAUCCAUUUUAAAUGCAAAUCUGUCUUUUUUUACACAUGUAAAUCUGCAUAUGUUCUCUCUGGCUCGAGUGGUCAGUAAGAGCAACAAACUGAAGUAUCAUUCAUCCUGCAAUUAAAUAUCUACAAUAAAAGCUCCCUCACAUUUAUUGUAAUAAUAAUUAAAAUUAAUCCCUCCAUCAGUCAGUGAACUAUUAUCCACAUGUUAAGAUCGCUGUGAUUCUCAAUGAUGUCUACUUCGCUUCUGCUGGCUUCUCAUAAUUUCUCUUCUAAGAAGAAGGAUGUUAAUAUUGAAACCGAGUGAGUGAAUUUCCCUGGAGAGGUAUUGGUUUAAUUGCACUAUGAAUGGAUCUUGCAGUGACGCAGAGUAUGGAUUAAGGGACAUUGUUAUGUGUUUUAGAAAACUCAGGUAUUCUUCCAUGGUUACUGAAUGUUCAUUUUGAUGCAGAUGUUAGAAAUGUUUUAUUAUGAUUCUCAAAAUAUUUAUUGCAUCAUAUUUAAUUAUAGUUUUUAUAAAUGAAUUUUUUUCAUAACUGGGAACUGGAACCUCCUAAUUUUUAUGGUAAAAUGGAAUUGUGAAAUUCUUGCCAUCUUUAAUUGCUAGAGUAAGUGCAGUAUUAUAUUUGCUUUAUUGCUAAUUUGACUUUUAAGAUCAAAUAUCCUUAAAACAUGACAGCAUCGUGCCUCUGAACAAAGUGCUAUGUUAACCAAACACAACUUUUGCUGCAAUUUUUAUCACCCGGAAUAUUUUAUUUUGAAAAGGUUAUCCAUUGAAAAGGUUGUGAGAAAUCAGACUUACAAGCCUGCAUGAAAAGAUAGGCUCUGGGUGUGCAGCCAGUGUACUGAAGAGAUAUAUAACGUCAAUACACAUGGAGAAUUCUCUCUAAAUGUAACAUGCCUUGCAGUUUUUAUGCUAUUACGUAACGCCAAGUUUUGCUUGCGUCUCAAAAUCAGUUCAAGGUUUAAUAUGCAGAUGGGAGGAAUAUAUACUACUCUACUAGUGGAAAGUAGUGACAGAAGUGGAAAUAAUUUCACAAAAGCUGCAAUCUUUUCACUUGCACCUCACUACUGCAAGGAGCUUUGCAACAAGGCAAAUACAGUCAAAUGUAAAACAGUGCAAAAGGAUGUCAUUAAAAGAGCUCUCAUUGCCUUAAGCAUAGUGCUUGAAAUUAAUUUAUAUGAUGACUGGUGAAGACAGCAAUUGGUACACUUUACAGUGUCUGUGGUUCAAGCAGCCUGUGCCAACCCAAAGGGAACGACAGUUGAGUUAAAAUACAUCGGCUAUCCAUUGGACUUUAUGAUAAAUGAUGUAGGUUUGAUGUUAAUCCAGUGUUUAGUCUUGUAUGGUAACUGAUUCUCACGGAUGUACAUUGAGUUGCCAACACCCCAAAGUGUUCAAAAAUUGAAGAUUAAUCUCCUUGAUGUGACUGUGAGCAAACCUCAAAUUACAGGGACUUGACAAAUGUUGUGGUUGUUUCUUCAUUCAUUUGUCACAAAAAUGUUAGAGAUGUGGGAAAGGCAGUUUGAGUGGAGCAGCUUGAAGCAACAGGGCUACCAGAGUUGACAACCUGAGGUCCAAAACCUUCAGCCAAAGCAGUUUGCCAAUCAAGCAAAGUACCUCGCCUCCCUCACUUUGAUUCCACUGGAGAGGUUACACUUGGGUGUUGAAAUCACAAGCACCAGCAAUCUUACCAUGUGGCUGUACGCAAGCUUCCAGAUCCCCUCAGUUCUUUCCUUGUGUUUGCUUUUUGCUGUAAAAUCUGUGCGAUGACAAUUAUAGAAUCCCUACAAUCCCCAUUCUGCCUAUCAAGUCCACACUAACCCUCUGAACAACAUCUCUCCCAGAUCUACCACUACCCUAUAACCCUGUAUUUCUCUUGGCUAACCCAUCUAGCCUGCACAUCCUUGGACAUCACAGGGAAUUUAGCAUG